AUGGGAUUCUGCUGUGGGCCUUCGGAUGUCAAGGUUCUGCUGAAGAACACCUCCUUCUUGUCGUCAACGUCCUCAUCAUCGUCAUCGCCUGCUAAAGGUUCGGGCGACGGUGGCAAGAAGCAGCACCAGCAAAGGGUGAAGAACGAGCAGGGGAGGGAGAAGAAGAAGAGCAACCUUGACCGGGCUGCCAUGGCGACGCCCCGCCUCCCCUUCCAUUCACGGCCCGGUCUCAUGUAA